AGCGCGCAUGACGUCAUCGCUCCUUCUGCAAGGACGCGCACCCAAAAACACGCAGUGAUACACAUAUAGCGUUUCAUUUUCGCAUUACAGAAUGACUUAAACAUCUGCAGCCGGGAUCCAAACUCAUAAGAUAAUUGAUAAACAUGGAGAAAGGGAACCAAGGUUAUUCUCAUUUUGACCAGUUUCUCCAAAGUCAAGAAUCGUCUGUGGUGAACAAGUUCCAGCAGAAAUACUGGAAAACCAAACAAACACUGAUCAAAGUCACAGGAAAGAAGGAGGACGAACAUGUCGUUGCUUCCGAUGCUGACCUGGAUGCUAAACUGGAGGUGUUUCAUUCAGUGCAGAGAACGUGCAUGGAGCUCCUGAAGGUGAUCGAACUGUAUCAACGGAGGAUCAGCUUUUUGUCUGAGGAGGAGAAUGAACUGGGUCGGUUCCUGCGUUCGCAGGGCUCUCAAGACAAGAGUCGCGCUGGAAAGAUCAUGCAAGCUACUGGGAAAGCGCUCUGCUUCUCUUCACAGCAAAGAUUGGCGCUGCGAGGUCCGCUGGGCCGCCUGUACCAGGAGGUGGAGACCUUCCGUUACCGAGCGAUCUCCGACACGUGGCUGACGGUGAACAGGAUGGAGCAGUCACGCACGGAGUACAGAGGAGCUCUGCUCUGGAUGAAGGACGUUUCUCAGGAGCUCGACCCGGACACACACAAGCAGAUGGAGAAGUUCCGCAAGGUUCAAACUCAGGUGCGUCACACCAAGACCAGUUUUGACAAGCUGAAGAAUGAUGUGUGUCAGAAGGUUGAUCUGCUCGGAGCCAGUCGCUGUAAUCUGCUCUCACACGUCCUGACAACAUAUCAGACCACAUUGCUUCAUUUCUGGGAGAAAACCUCUCACACCAUGGCUGCUAUUCAUGAGAGCUUUAAAGGCUGCCAGACUCACGAGGCUUCAGCACUGGGGGGUUCAGAUCAAGCUUCAAAGAAAAAGGUGAAGAAGAAAACAAAGGCAAAAGCAGAAGACGAGGAGACGAGUCAGAAUACAGAUGAAACGCUUGUUUCAAUUGAACAAGAAACUUCGAGUAGUAACUUAGUACAAACAGGCAAUGAGGAGUGUUUCUCUGGCGGUCAGGAGAAGGAUGGCUUGAGUUUGUUGGAUGAGAUUCUGGGCAGCAGUUCUCUGGAGGACAGGGGUUUCUCGCAGGAAUGGCGUGAGGUGUUUGGGGAGGAUGAACCGGCCGGCAGUAGCAGAGCAGAGAUCCAGCCGUCUGAGGAAGAGUACGCCUUCUUCCUGCCUUCCAAACUACUCGACCAGAACAUGAACGACCGUCAGUCCACGGCCUCAGGUUGGGCAACAGCCGUUCCACAGAAUAUCCCUGAAAGCUCAUCCGUAGCGAGUCAAAUCUCUUCCAAAUCUGCAGUGAAAGAUACCUCAAAAGAUCUCUCCGCUUGGUUCAAUCUGUUUGCCGAUUUGGAUCCACUGUCAAACCCGGAUGCAAUUGGCCGAACCAAUGGAAGACGAGCUACUGAAUGCUUAGUCCGCCCUGGUACAGAUGCACUUUUCUCGCUAUUUCAUACAAACGGCAGUUUAUGCAAGAGGCCGACAGAUCUGGACAGAUGUCAAGUGAUUGCUUUAUUUGCCAUUGCAGUAAACCUUAAUUAUUUAAUGAAGAAUUAUUUGCUGCCAAAGGAAAUGAAUAAUAAUCACUCUGGCCUUGAUUCCUUUUCUAUUGCUAGUAUUGUCAAGGCAGUUUGAUUUGCCAUAACAUUGUGGAUUUACUUGUUUUACAUAAAUGCAUAUAAUAACAUUUCUCAACAUUAUCAGCAACAGUAAGUAGUUUUUGGUUUGUAUAUUAUGAUAUUGC